CUCUACUUCGACUUCUUGCCUUGGGUUGGUCGGGUGCGAUGGCUUCUUCCUCGUCGCCUUCCCUUUCGCCUCCGCCCAAGUCCUCCUCCGUUUCGGACAAUGCCGGCGAGGAGGGAAAGCAGGAGCUCCAGGGAAAGAUUCGAGGGCAUGAGGUCGCCAUCAGUGAACUGGAGCACCUCCAGCCUUCCCGAGCAGUAUACCAGAAGAGUGGCAAUAUCUUUUUUCGCCGAAGCAUCAAGACAGCAAUAGCAUCUGAACAGAAACAACUUGAUUUGGCCAAAUCUCGGUUGCAAAAAUUGAAUGCUAUUUGAUGCCCCCCCCAGCACACAAAGUAACCGCACGCAAGUUGAAUGCCAGUUGGAAAAGAAAAUCCUUAGGAUCCCAUAAUUCGGAUCAUAAAAAAGCAUAAUGAUAUCUGCUGGAAGUGCUAUUCUGUAUCACUUGAACAUGCUGAACAGUUUGGUUUUAAGACAGAUUUUAUGGUCUUGCAUUUGUUUAAGUUUGUGUUAGGGAUGGAUUACUUUCAAUUCAUGAAAGUAAACGGAAUAGAAAACAAUUGAUGAAAAACCUGUUUAUCUUUAAUUUUUCUGGAUGACAUUCAAAUUAUAAAGAAUUUUUAUUUUUUA